GGCGGGGGGGGGGGGAGCGGCACGACAGGAAGUCGGUUCUGGUUCCUGGGUUAAGGUGCCGGGGCAGGAGCGGGGCUCCGCGCCGGGGCCUCCGCCAGGCGCUCGUUUCCUGUUCCCAAGCUGGUGGCAGUGUAACUUGCAAAAUAUUUCCACUGAAGAAACUGCUUUGAAAGCAGAAAUAUGUAGAGAUGUACUUGCUUCUGGAUGGCAUCAGUAUUCUCAGGUGAACCUACACGAGGUCUGUUAACUUGACCAUCUUUUCAGUGAUGAAACAACAUUGGGAAUUAUGGAUAAAAACAUUGGAGAGCAGCUUAACAAAGCUUAUGAAGCCUAUCGACAGGCAUGCAUGGAUAGGGACCAUGCUGUGAAAGAACUACAGCUAAAAACAGAAAACUACAUACAGCAAAUACGUGAACAGCAGGAACAGAUAGAGCUUCAAAACAAUGUUAUUGCAAAAUUGAAAUCACAGUUAGCUGCUCUGAAUGCUAAUAGAGGUAAUGCGCAUUCCUACAUUCUGUUGCCUGAAGAAAUUGAAACCUCCAACUUACCUUUCAGCCAGCUCUCUGAAAAACUGAACAUAGCAAAGCAAAGAGAAAAACUCCUAAAGGAACAGUUAGAAAAUGAGAGCAUUAAGCUGAAGCAAAUUGAGGACAAAAACAAUCAAAAGGAAAGGAAGCUUCUAUUUAUUAUUUCUAACCAAGAAGAUAAAAUAAGAACUCUGAAAAUCAAAUUGAAAGAAUUAAAUGAAGCACAGAAGGGUAUACAGAUGCCAGUAUAUAAAACGGAGGUGAAAAGUAAGAAAGUUGUUCCAGAUAAGCAUGAGUUAUCUCUAGGGAUCUCUGGUAUUUCACCUGUGUCUGAAAGGGAGAAUCUGGAGACUAUUUUCCAGGAGAUGAAAGAAGAAUGUCAUCGAAUAUGUAUGCUAGCCAGAGAACAAACAGACCAACUGAGUAAAUUUAAGAUAAAGCGAGAACCUGAGACUGAAAUACAGUUUUCCAUGCCUAUACAGUGUACUGAUAAAACUGAUGAACAAGCAGAAGAGCUUUUUAAACCUCGGGUUAUAAAGGAUAUAAAUAGAGGUGCAUCAUGCAUCACAUCUAUCACACCAAGAGGAGUGGGCCAAGAUGAGGACAACAACUCUGUAGAAUCACUUUCUAAAUUUAAUGUCAAGUUUCCACCUACAGACAAUGACUCUGCUUUCUUGCAGAGCACUCAGGAUAAACCAACAGUUCCUUGUACUGGUAUAGCUGAAAACAUGCUUCAAGAUCAUCAUUUUAACCUGGAGCACAGAGACCAUGCUGUUAACCUCAGUAAAUUGGAAUCUAACUCAUUUGAAGCUCAUGGAGUUGAUCUCAUGACCUCAGUUUUACAAAACUUAACUGCUGUUGACAAAACAAACCCCCCAAAUCAUGCAAACAUGCCCAUAGAAAAUACCCGUGACAAAACAUGUUUAAAAACAACAGACACCGGUCUCACAUUUGUACCUAAGCACACAAACCCCACUGUACCUGAAGUAAUUUUUUCUUCCUUGGAAGCUGCUGGGACAACCAUCAGAGGUCCUCAUCAGGUAUCUUUCUAUUUCUGCUGUACAUUUCAAAAAAGCUUGUUUGGCAGCCUCAAGACAAUGUUUUGCUGGCACAAGCCUAUACAGACUCUGAACUGAAUCAGUGUGGAAUAUGUGAAUUCUGUCGAGAAGUUUUCCCACCAUCUAUAACAUCUAAGGAAGAUUUUCUUCGGCAUCUGUAUUCCCACUUUAAAGAAGUACAGUCUUAAUGUAUGAGAAUUGAUUGGAUCACUGUUUUUGCAUAUAUUUGAUUUUUUUAUUCAGUAGAUAUGCUAAGAAUUUAAGAAUUAAGACUUUUUAUAGCAAGAACUCAUGACUGAAAUUGUCUGUCAGAUAAGCACGUUUUUAAUUGUCAUCUGACAAGGUAAAAUGAAACCGUAAGUCACUCAGUACUGUAAUUCACAUUAUUGCUUGUCAUGCUUCAAUAUUACCUUUGAGAUUGAUGUUACACGCUGGUUUGGGGUUUGGUUUGGGUUUUUUGUUUUUGUUUUUGUUUUUUUGCAAUUAAUGAUUGCCUGAAUAACCCCAAAGUCAUGAUUAUGUGCAUGAAUACUGAUUUUUAGGAUCGAGACCUUAAUCUGGGAAGACUGGUGUAACGCUAGGAUAUUUUCUCGGUAGCUACUGACAGGAUUCUGUUCUUGAAGUAAACAGGGAGGAGAAGUAGGGUCUCAUUUUGAAUUUCUAUUAUAAAAUUGCCAAAUUUAAUUUACAAUAGUGUACCUCUUAAAUCAGAUUCUUGUAAAGUCAGCAAAGUACCUGAAUGCCAGGUGUGCCAAAAUUAGGAUAGGCUUGUUCACUGGUAAUAAAAAUGAUUAUCCCAGAUGAACUGUUUACUAAAGAGAUUAGUCAAACAGCACAUAAAUGACCCUUUUGCUAAUACGUAAUGGUAGCAAUUUUAUGUACAUCUGAUAAAUAUUGUUGAAAGAUAACAACUUUGUUAAGGUACCUUUCAAGCAUAUACUUCUCUAGCAUAUACUUUAAUGGAAAAGGAUAUAUUGGUAUCAAGGAUGAAGUGAGAAAAGUGUUCCCUAAAACCAAAAGUAUCAAAGAUUAAUUACCCUUCUUUCUUGUCUGCUACAAAGUAUUGUUCAAAUCUCUUAUGGCCUAGAGGAGAAAGGGGAAAAACCUAUUCAAAAAACCAAAUCUACGUGAUGUCAUUCUUAACUUGCAAAUAUGCCUAGUAGCUUUCUCAAUGCAAUUUAAAAUUAGGUUUAGUUGAAACAUUGCAUUCUGAUAAAGUUGCACAUACUAUGGAUUUAUUGGGUCCAAAUUUUAAAAGUGGGUUUUUUUACUAAGCAAUUUAAAUUAAUGAUAAAGGGUGACUUGGACCUUUUUGCAUUUGAACUGAGUAUAGUUUUCAGUCCAGAUAUUUGACAGUUAGCAUUAAUAUUUUUAUAGCAAUAAAGCACAACACUUUUUUUCUUUUUAAAGAUUUGUUUGCAGGUGACCUGUUUCCGGAGCAAUUUACACCUGCAUAAUUUUUAGAAAUAGAUUUUUCUGCAAUUAUUUACUCUGUUUUAAACCUCUUAUGUUUGUGACUGGCUGUCAACAGAGUGUACUGUAAUAAACAGCAGUUUACAGUGCA